AAAAUAAUGUCGUCAACUCAGCAACCUAUAGUUCCCGGCGAGAAAAUUACCACCGGCACUACUCUCCUCGAGACCACCACAGCCGCCAUCCAAGGCUUCGGGCCUACCAACAAAAUUCACCAACACCUCUGCGCGUUUCAUUUUUAUUCUGAUGACAUGACUCGGCAAGUGGAGGCGCACCACUUUUGCGGGCAUCAAAACGAGGAGAUGCGGCAGUGUCUGAUAUACAAUAGCCCAGAAGCAGACGCCAAGCUUAUUGGGAUUGAAUAUAUCAUAUCGGAGAAGCUUUUCUUGACAUUGCCGGAUUCUGAGAAGCCGCUGUGGCACACUCACGAGUACGAAGUGAAAAGUGGAAUGCUAUUCAUGCCUGGAGUUCCUGGCCCCAUUCAGAGGCAAGACCUUGAUAAGGUUUGCAAGACAUAUGGUAAGACCAUACACUUUUGGCAGGUUGAUAGGGGUGAUAAUUUGCCUCUUGGAAUUCCCCAGAUUAUGAUGUCUUUGACUCGUGAUGGCCAGCUUUAUCAGAAACUUGCAACAGACGUUGAGAAACGAUAUGGUGUAUCGUUUGCGAAAGAGAGUGAAAACAGAGCGCACAUGACGGGACCGGAGCAUGGGAUACAUCCACUGGCUAAUGCUGCGGGGAAGGGACUAAAAACUACACUGAGAGAGACAGACUGCAAAACUGCUUAGUCUGUUCUGAGGAUCUUCGUUUGAGAAAAACCAUAAAUCUUAAGAUUAAUAAUAAAAUAGUAAUGAUGGUACAUAUGUUUUUGUAUGGUAAGGUUCAUGUGUUGCGUCUUGUGGUUAAGGUGUUUUGUGUGCCUGAAAUCCAUCAAAAUGUAGCCAUUAAACUCGAGCUUCAUGUGGUUUAAGCUCUAUGGCUGUCCAUGGGCAAAGUGCUAGCUUGGAGUUGAAUUUAAUUUGAAAAUUUUGGCAGGGGCACGAAAAUCUCUGAGGUUGGCCGUUUGAAAUGCUCUUAAAUUAAAUGUGGCCUUUAGUGAAUAAAUUUCAAUUGGUUUAA